CUGUUGAGUUGUACUGAGAGAUGAGCAAGGGUCUGAGAUGAAAACUUGGACCAAUAGUAAGAGGAUCGUUAUAUUGGAAUUUAAAAAAAAAGAUCUGACCACAGGUUUGGUAUAACAAAUGUUACUUACACCUUUAUGAUGUAAUUUCUUGGAGAAUCUUUAAAUGGUUCAUAUCUCAACAAUCUCUACUACCAAAAAAACCGCAAUGGAAGGAUGUACAAAGGAAGUCAAUGCUGCGUUCCAUUAUACCUCGGAGCUAACAGCUCGGAGUGACGUCACACCCGAAUAACACGGGUUUGCGUUCCAGUGGCACAUUUGGUCGGGUGGAAACACAAGAUGGACGCCUGCUAGCCAUUGUUAGCAAAAACUAGUCCAUCAUAACGCGGCAUUUUACGCACACGAAGAACCGUAGUACCACGUCCACAGACGGUGACCGGACAGUACGAUUUAUACACGGAGCGGCCAUCUUGGAUAUCGAAGUUGAGUCAAAUUUCCCACGAGGGGCUGGCGUUCCAGUCGCAAUUCCGAGUUCCAAGGUAUAAUGGAAAACAGCAAAACAGAAGUGGUGAGAUGGAAGAGAUUGGUUUCCUGUCAGCAUUUGUUCUGUUAUUGCAGAUGUUUGCUCAUCUUCCAAAAAACAAGCAUGGACCAACUCACAAUAAGAAGAUGUAGGAGCAAUACAAAAGGAAAAGCCUCACAUGGACUAUGACACGCCCACCAAUGUCGUCACAGUUCACCAGCUACUUUUUGGUGCCAGCUCCAAACCAACUUUUCAGGUUCCGAUCCAGUUUUUGUGUGGUGGAAACUCUUAGAAUGGUUCAAAGUUGCCUGUUUCCUGUUGGUGGAAAAGGAUCAUAUCACAAUUAUUGAAUAUAGAUGCUGCAUUACUGCAUUAUUUUACUGCAUCCAAUCAUUUUUCCGCAACACAUAACAUGAUUGGAUGAGCAUUUUACAACACUGUUUCAAGUCUGUGUCACACACACAAGUCCUUUUUGUUGCCGUUUAUUUUUGUUGUCCUCAGUCACAAAUUUCUGCUCUAUCUUUCCUCCUCCUCCUCCUCCUCCUCCUCCUCGCUCGCUCGCUCCGCUUCGUGUCAACAGUCUUCAUUAUGAGGAGCAUUCCUGACUCCGGGCCCCGGGGUUGUAACUCUGCGUCCGGCUGCUCAUUACAGCGUCGCCGCAGAGAGAGAAUGGCAGCUGAUGUGACAGCUGCCAUUGUUAGCGGAGCUACACGGGGCCGCCGGGUCCGUGACUGCUCCGCCCCGCUCAGACGUUCACCUGCUGUUCAGCCGAUAGUGAGGCCCGACCCGGGGUUUCAAGGCAGCCAGUCACUGGGAACAACGAGGGAACCGGGAAGAGAAGCCCAUGCCGACCAGAGCGUCAUCAUCCUGCACGCCAAGGUGGCUCAGAAGUCCUACGGCAACGAGAAGAGGUUCUUCUGCCCUCCGCCCUGCGUUUACAUCAGCGGUCACGGAUGGAGAGUCAUGCAGGACCAUCUGAAAGCGGCUGGUUAUGGAGACUCAGUGUAUCGCGUGUGUGGCUACAUGUGUCUGGACAGCUCCAGUCAGUCGCAGGCAGACGCUUUCAAACUGGUCUUCGAUGAGCAGCCAAACUCCAGGAUGUUCGCCUGCGCCAAGACGCUGUUCAUCUCCGAUCAGGACAAGAGGAAGCACUUCCGCCUGCUGCUGCGACUCUUCUUGGGCAGCAGUCAGGAAGUGGGUUCGUUCCAGAGCAGACUGAUCAAAGUCAUCUCCAAACCCUCGCAGAAGAGACAGUCCAUGAAGAACGCUGACCUGUGCAUCUCUUCGUGCUCCCGAGUGGCUUUGUUCAACCGCCUGCGCUCACAGACGGUCAGCACUCGUUACCUCUCGGUGGACAGAGGAGCUUUUGUGGCCAGCGCCAGACAGUGGACAGCCUUCACCAUCACCAUGGUGGAGGACCACAGUGCUGACCAAGGGGACUUUGUGCUGAGCGAAGGCUUCAUCUGUUACGGCUGUGUGGUCCAGUUAGUGUGUACUGAGACUGGAGUAGCUCUGCCACCAAUGGUGAUCCGCAAGGUCAACAAGCAGCACGCCAUCUUAGACGUGGACGAGCCCGUUUCGCAGCUGCACAAGUGCGCCUUCCAGUUCAGAGACAGUCCUCACGCCUACCUGUGUCUAUCUAAUGACACCAUCGUACAGUACCAGGCUCCGUCCAGUGUCAGAGACCCGAGCAGAGUGGUGCUGAACGACGGAUCCUGCUGGACCAUCAUCGGAGUGGAGACGGUGGAAUUCACCUUCAACGAGGGUCUGGCCUGCAUCCAGACACCAGUUAGUCCUUUUCCUGUCAUCACAGGGUUAGAGGUGAACGGUGGAGGUCAUGUGGCCAUGUUGGAAAUCCACGGAGAAAACUUUGGCCCUCAUCUCAAAGUCUGGUUCGGCAACAGUGAAGCUGAGACCAUGUUCAAAUCUCCCAAAUCUCUGCUCUGCGUCGUUCCCGACGUCUCCGUGUUCAGCGACAGCUGGCGCUCCCUGCGUCGCGUCAUCAUCGUCCCUCUGUCUCUCAUCCGACUGGACGGCCUGAUCUAUCGCACCUCGUUCAGUUUCACCUACACCCCCGAGCUGCUGCCGCCUCCGUCUGUCCGAGGGGGAGGAGGGGGAGGAGCAGCAGGAGGAGGAGGAGGAGGAGGAGGAGGAGGGAAGAGAGACGGAGGGAUGGACGGGGCCCAGGAGGACGACGUCCUCUUAGAGACCAUCCAUCAGGAGUUCACCAGAGCCAACUUCCACCUCUUCAUGCAGAGUUGACUGAACUGUCCUCAGGAAAUGAUCGUGUGAUCGGCUGACCCAGGGGAUCCAGGUGGAAGCUGUUGCCGCCUGGACGCAGACGAAAGCUGCCUGUCAGCUCUUCCUCUCCUCUCCCGCGGCCGCUGGCUCUGCCCGCAGAUGUGUAGUCGCAAAAUUGACCAAAGGUUUUGGAAAGCUGUUUUAAAGGCAUCAUUUUGCUUCUCUUUUGAACUUAAAAUAGCAUCUUCAAGAUUAUUUUGAUCACACAGUGACUUGGAAUAAGGAGAAUGGUGCAGCUUUUCAUUCCCACCCUUGAUAAAUGUCCACAUUAACAACCAUCCGGCUGAAUGUGUUUCGCUGCUAAAUAGUGGGACUUGCCAGUUUCAAUAAAGGUUUUUAUGGGAAAACUUGUCGACAAAAGGUUCGAAACCAAUCGAC